AUGGAUAAGUUUGAAAACAACAUAGAUCGAUGGUUUGAUAAGUUGGAUGACUGUGUUUCUGAUUUUAGUGUGUCAAUACAUAGAGCCACAUGUGAUUUUGAUGUGUUUAAAUCUGAAACCAUGUAUGUUGCGUGCGAUGAUUUGAUGGUUGAUCGGCUAGCCAAUGUCAGCCAAACGCCAUCGACGAGUAUGGCUACAACAUUGUUGCCAGAAGCCAAGGAGACCAACGUGUCUUUUCCUGUGAACAAUGUUGUUCUUAAGGACACACAAGUUGGAAUUGGUUUGAAGAAGCCACUACAAAGAAGUCAGUAUCGACUUAAUUCUAGUAAGAUUGAAAACAAUAACAAGGGCGGAGAACCUGGUCACAAGUACGUUGGGCAUAGCAAGCUCGCGUAUGAGGGGUUUUCCAAGCAACACCGCGAUGGGGUUCAACCUAAGCCGCUAGGGGAGCAUGAGAUCCCACCGCAUGGCCGGUUGAAAGAAAAACAACACCGUAAGUGGCAAAUAAGUUUGCCACAUGCACCCCAUUCUAUGAAAAAUCAAACUAGGAUAACCACAAACACUACUCAAGAUGGAGGUGGUGACCACGUGAAAAACUCUAAUGCCACCAAAGUGGGCAUGAAUCAACAGAACCCUCAUUGUAAUUUGUCCCCAAAGCCUCCACUGAGUGGACAGGGGGGCAAGUUCAAUCAACCCCAACAUGGAGUUGCCACACCAAUACCGGCUGGGAACAAUUCUUCCAUGAUUUUCGGGCAGGGGGGCAAGCUAUCCCCAAAGCCUCCACUGAGUGGACAGGGGGGCAAGUUCAAUCAACCCCAACAUGGAGUUGCCACACCGAUACUAGCUGGGAACAAGUCUUCCAUGAUUUUCGGGCAGGGGGCAAGCUAA